AUGGGUCCGGCCCAAGUGGAAACUCCGAGGGAGGAUGAACCGUCUCUUGACUUCUGCAAGGUGGCUCGCCAGCUCAGGGCGCUGUGGGUGCCUGUCCUCUUUGGUGGGGUGAGCACUGGAAUUCAGGCAACGAACUUGUCUUACUUGGGCUUAAACUUUUUUGCUCAGCAGUACACAGAUCACAGGCCGGAAGACAUUCGCUGUGAGGAGACGCCCGAGGCAGCAUACUGCCAGGCGGCAAUCAGCGACAACCUCUUCUGGGCAACGACAGUAGGUGCGCUGGGCUCCUUUCUUCACUUCGCAUUGGGACCAUUCUUGGGCGCGCUGAGUGACACAAUUGGACGACGCCCGGUCAUCUUGCUGUGCAGCUUGCUGGGGUAUCCGAGUCUUGUAUCACUUGCUCUCUUUGUUUACAGAAAUGUCAGCAUGUACUUCACCUUCGCGCUUAUGCCACUUGCAGAACUACCAGUGCUGGCUAUUUGGUUUGCCUUCAUCGUGGACCUGAUUGAGGACAGCCGCGAUGCCAGCGUAGCAUUUGGCCUUAUCACGGCAGUUUCUUUGCUGUCUACGAUGCUUGGCGCAGCUGUCGGGGCCUUUCUCUCCAUGAAAGGAGGUGUGGCCGCCAUGAUAGCGGUCGACAUUGGCAUCCUGCUGCCAUAUCUUGUCUGCUAUCUUCCGGAGACGCUUCCAGUCUCCAAGCGACAGCCCCUGCAGUGGCGGGCAGCUGUUCCUGGACUUGGCAUGAGUAUUUUGGCCAGAAAUGGACUCUUCCUGCAGUUGUCUACCUUGGUUAUCGGCAGCACGUUUAUUGGCUCUGGAUUCCAGCGAGUAAGCUCUAGCUUCCUUCAGAAGUAUAUUCGCUGGCCCAAACAAUGCAACAACCUGGCGAUAAUCAUUGGUGGGACGUCGUCCAUCCUUUGGGCGGGAGCUGGCCUUUCGAUCACCUCCAGACUGGCAGGUGAUAUCGGAACUUUAGGCUUGGCUUUGUGGUCUGGCACCCUGUACAUGCUAUGUUUUGCCUUCAUUACAGAACAGUGGCACGUCUACCUGCUCAACGCAGUACUGCUAGGCCCACAAGCCCUGGCAUUUCCAGCUACUUCGGCAAUCAAAAGCCGGCUGGUGGCCGAAAGUGAGCAAGGUCUUCUUCAGGGUGCGCUGAACACCGGCAAGAGCAUUGCCGAGUCUUUGGGCCCCUUGCUUUUCGGCCUUCUCUUUGAGAUGUUCAACAGCUCGCUCGAGCCGGAGCGCAGACACCUUUCCACAAGGAUACCAAUCCUGGUGGCUUUCGUUGUAUCGCUGCCACUCUUAUGUCUCGUGGCCAUCCUGCCCCAGAAGCUGGCUAGUUACGAGCGCCCAGAGCAAGGGAUAGAGCUCGCAAACCUCGAGGCUGAGGAUGUGGGAUUGCUGGACCCGUCCCAAAGGCCUCGAUUCUGGCGCAUCUCUGUGAAGGGGACCAUGCAGAGGUUCCAUUUAGCUGGUCAGGAACGCCUCUUCGACGUGUCGGAGGAAAACUACGUGAAGCGGUUGGAGCGGAUGUCUUCGAAGAUCAAGUCUUAUGCAAAGACAAUCCAGCCUCAAGCUGUUCUGCUGCAGGAGUGCGCCAACGAGUCAGAGUUUGGGCAUGACAUCAUGCCGCACCUACUCCAGCCGAUGAUACAGUGGGGUUACAAGAUCCUGCAGGAGGGCGAGUUCAUCACAGCCCUACGCGAUACAUCGGCUGUGAGCCUGGCACUUCCCCGCCUAUCAAGACAGCAAGGCAAGAUCCUGGCCGUACGAAGUGACUCCUUGAACAUGGUCUUGCUAAAUGUGCAUCUCCGCUAUGAUCAAAUCGACUCCGACGCAUCCAGGCAGACUCGGUCCGACUUGGAGAAGGACAAGUAUCCUGGAUCUGCAAUCUUCUUCGCUGGCGACACAAAUCGAGUUCCGCGCCACCACCGUCUUGACCCAUGCGCCGAGGUGAUCGAGCAACUCAUUGAUGAGUUGGGCCUCCUUUGCAUGCCAUCGGGCCCCACGAAUGUAUGCUGGAAUGGCACGUCCGAAGCCAGUCAGCUUACCUAUGCUGAUUUCGCUGCGGAUUUGACGCGACGACGCGCAGGGUGA